GAGCAGCAGCGGCGGAGUCGGACUGUGUGUGCACGGAUACGUUAUAAUUAUCAAUAUUCAGCCGCUCGGCGCGGACGACGGCGCGUGCAGCGGGGCGGACAUCAUGCGCGUGACGGUCUUCCAUUUGAGCUCGGGAAGCUGAAGCGCAUCGCAGCGCGGUCACGUCACGUUAUUUCGGUGGGAUAAAGCCAUCGAUGUGUGUGUGUGUAUAACGGCGCAAUAACGGCGCGAGCCAACCGGUGAUUCCGUCGACAGCUAAACCCAGCUAGCCAACCAUUAUCCGUGUUAGCUUGCGGUGCAGCGAGCAUCUUUCUCGGUGCGGGAAGUGGCCGCGGACGGCACUCGCGGCAGUUUUGUGUCCGAAGAGUGAGACACAAAGCCGAGGCAUGCGAAGUGGGCUGUUUUUCUGCGUGAAAUCUCCACGCCCUGGGCUCUGCUCCGCGGUUGCUCCAUAACUAGCUCGCCUGCUACUUAGCCUGUGCACCGGGAGAAUAGCUGAGGAAGAGGAGAAGGUGGGGCCGCGGAGUGACAGCUAAUGCUGCUAGCAAGGUAACCCGGACUGUGGUUUUUCCUGACACGGACACCGACUGGUUCAAAUUACCUGGCACAAUAAAAGUGACUCCGUUCAGUGGGAGGAGAAAAAAAAGGGGGGACAUUUAUUUUCAUUGAUUAACGGUGAAACCUUCCGUGGUGAAGGCGGAGGAGAGCAUCCUCGUUUACCUGAAUGACCAUGGCGGACGACGACGUGCUGUUCGAGGAUGUCUACGAGCUGUGCGAGGUGAUAGGAAAGGGGCCCUUCAGCGUGGUGAGGCGAUGCAUCAACAGGGACACGGGCCAGCAGUUUGCUGUGAAGAUCGUGGACGUGGCCAGCUUCACCUCCAGCCCAGGCCUCAGCACAGAGGAUCUGAAACGAGAGGCCAGUAUCUGCCACAUGCUCAAACACCCUCACAUCGUGGAGCUGCUGGAGACCUACAGCUCUGAUGGCAUGCUCUACAUGGUCUUUGAAUUCAUGGACGGAGCAGACCUUUGUUUUGAGAUCGUCAAACGCGCCGACGCUGGGUUUGUGUACAGCGAAGCGGUGGCCAGCCACUACAUGAGGCAGAUUCUGGAGGCACUUCGAUACUGCCAUGACAACAACGUGAUUCACCGCGACGUAAAGCCUCACUGUGUGCUGUUGGCCUCCAAGGAAAACUCCGCUCCCGUGAAACUGGGAGGGUUUGGAGUGGCGAUACAGCUGGGAGAGUCUGGAUUAGUAGCUGGAGGUCGAGUGGGGACUCCUCACUUCAUGGCCCCUGAGGUGGUGAAGCGGGAGCCGUACGGUAAACCUGUGGACGUGUGGGGAUGUGGAGUCAUCCUCUUCAUCCUGCUGUCCGGCUGCCUGCCCUUCUACGGCACCAAGGAGCGGCUGUUUGAGGCCAUCAUCAAGGGAAAGUACAAGAUGAACCCCCGCCAGUGGGCCCACAUCUCAGAGAGCGCCAAAGACCUGGUGAGACGCAUGCUGAUGCUGGAUCCUGCCGAGAGAAUCACCGUCUACGAGGCUCUCAAUCAUCCAUGGCUGAAGGAGAGGGACAGGUACGCCUACAAAAUCCACCUGCCCGAAACUGUGGAGCAGCUGAGGAAGUUCAACGCCAGGAGGAAGCUGAAGGGUGCAGUCCUGGCCGCUGUUUCCAGCCACAAGUUUAACUCCUACUAUGGAGACCCACCAGAGGAGCUCCAUGACUUCACAGAUGACCCCACCUCCUCAGGACUGCUAGCUGCUGAAAGGGCAGUGUCGCAGGUCCUGGACAGUCUGGAGGAGAUCCACGCGUUGACGGACUGCAGUGAGAAAGACAUGGACUUCCUGCACAGCGUCUUCCAGGAUCAACACCUGCACACUCUGCUCGACCUUUAUGACAAAAUCAACACCAGGUCGUCUCCUCAGAUCAGGAAUCCUCCGAGUGAUGGAGUGCAGAGAGCAAAAGAGGUACUGGAAACCAUUUCCUGUUAUCCAGAGAACAUGGAGGCCAAGGAGCUCAGGAGGAUCCUCACACAGCCUCACUUCAUGGCUCUGCUGCAGACUCACGAUGUCGUGGCCCACGAGGUCUACAGCGACGAGGCGCUGAGGGUGACUCCCCCGCCCACUUCACCGUACCUGAACGGAGACUCCCCGGACAGCACCAACGGGGACAUGGACCUGGAGAACGUCACCAGGGUCCGCCUGGUCCAGUUUCAGAAGAACACCGACGAGCCCAUGGGCAUCACUCUGAAGAUGAACGAGCUCAACCACUGCAUCGUGGCCCGCAUCAUGCAUGGUGGCAUGAUCCAUCGACAAGGGACUCUGCACGUUGGAGACGAGAUUCGGGAGAUUAAUGGCAUCAGUGUCGCCAAUCAGACAGUAGAGCAACUCCAAAAGAUGCUGAGAGAGAUGAGAGGGAGCAUCACCUUCAAGAUUGUGCCCAGUUACAGGUCUCAGUCCAUUCCCUGUGAGAAAGAGUCUCCAGAUGUUUCCCAACAGUCGCCUGCGAACGGUCACGCGAGCGUCACCAGCUCCAUCCUGGACUUACCGUCGACUAUUCAGCCCAAAGGCCGUCAGAUCUCCAGACCUACCAUCAAGGACAAAUUGUCCAUCAAGAUUUACGUCCGUGCUCAGUUCGAGUACGACCCGGCCAAAGAUGACCUCAUACCGUGUAAGGAGGCCGGCAUUCGCUUCAGGGUGGGUGACAUCAUCCAGAUAAUCUCCAAGGACGACCACAACUGGUGGCAGGGAAAGCUGGAGAACACCAAGAACGCCACGGCCGGACUCAUCCCGUCUCCUGAGCUGCAGGAGUGGCGUGUGGCGUGUAUAGCCAUGGAGAAGACCAAGCAGGAGCAGCAGGCCAGCUGCACCUGGUUCGGCAAGAAGAAGAAACAAUACAAAGACAAAUACCUGGCCAAGCACAACGCAGUCUUUGACCAACUAGACCUGGUGACGUACGAGGAAGUGGUGAAGGUGCCGUCGUUCAAGAGGAAAACGCUGGUUUUGCUCGGAGCACACGGAGUCGGACGGAGACACAUCAAGAACACGCUCAUCACCAAACAUCCAGAGCGCUUCGCCUACCCCAUCCCACACACGACUCGGCCUCCAAAGAAGGACGAGGAGAACGGGAAGAACUACUACUUUGUGUCCCACGACCAGAUGAUGCAGGACAUCAGCAACAACGAUUACCUGGAGUACGGCAGCCACGAGGACGCCAUGUACGGCACCAGGCUGGAGACCAUCAGGCAGAUCCACAUGCAGGGGAUGAUCUCCAUCCUGGACGUGGAACCACAGGUGACCACACAUGAUCCAGAGCCACUGUCGCUAUGGCAACCCACACCACACAUGGCUUUAAAGAUCCUGAGAACAGCGGAGUUUGCUCCCUACGUCGUUUUCAUCGCAGCUCCCACCAUCACCCCCGGCCUGACUGAGGACGACUCUCUGCAGCGACUGCAGAAGGAGUCCGAGAUGCUGCAGGGAACGUACGCCCACUACUUUGACCAAACAAUCAUCAACAACGAGAUCGACGACACCAUCCGCCUGCUGGAGGAGGCCGUGGACCUGGUGUCCACCACCCCACAGUGGGUGCCCGUCUCCUGGGUCUACUGACACACCUCCCUCUGACCCAGCGCACAGAUGCUAAACUCUUUAGUGAAAUCACGUCUCAUCUACACGUCGGAAUCACACACAUCUGUAGAUACAAAAAAAAGAGAGAGGAUGAGAGAGGGGGGGGGGGGGAAUGAAAUGAAAUGAAGAAACUCUUCUCUUUUUUUCUUCUUCUUCUUCUUCUUCUUCUCCACCGCCUCAAAGGCCCUAUUGUUGUGUACAUAUAUACAUAUCUAUAAAUAUAUAUAUAAAUAAUGAUGAAAACAAAGUGAAUAUGGUUCUGUCCUCAUAAUAGAUGAAGGGUCUGGAGUGGGUGGGGCGGGGGGCGGAGUCAUGUGGUAGAUAUUUUGUACUUUUUCUUUUCUAAUCGAUGGACGUUGGAGGCAAUAGAUGCGAGCAUGACCAUAAAGCAGUGUGUGUGUGUGAGAGUGUGUGUGUGUGUUAAGGCACUUCCUGUGGUUCUCUAUACAUGUCCCCCCCGUCCUCUAAUGUCCCCCACCUCCGUCUGUCCUUAAAACGAGCCGAAGCACACGAGAAGCUGCUGUAGUGGCAACAAGUAACUCCCUCAAGUUAAAGGAGGGUAAAAAAAAUAGAUAAAUAACAGAGUAAAAGCACAGGAAACUUGGCAGUUUCUCCUCGUUCCACACACAGAACCUUUAUUUACUCCUCCUGUGCCUGUCAGUCAGUCAGUUUGUCUGUUGAAGGAGAGCACACACAAACCGUCCCCCUGUCCCCGUCCCUGUCCCCGUCCCCGUCCCCUCCUCUAACCUGUGUUUACAUCUCAGUUUGCACAAAAAAGGACAACGUGAACUGCAUCGUGUGACCUCACCGUUUGUCGUUUUCAUCCCUCUUUUCUUCCCCCCGGCGAUAAAUGGAAGAAAAAAAAUCAGCUGUGGAAAAAAAAAGCACAGAAAAAAGUGACUCUGAAUAAAGAGGAAAAGAAGGAAAGAAUAAACUGCCUCCAUCAGAGCCUCGGGGAGAAGACGUGACACCUAUGCACGCCCGUGGUUCUCUGGUUUACAGGCAGACGCCGACGCCGCCACAGCCACUGCUUUUCUUCUUCUUCUUCUUCUUCUUCUUCUUCCCUCUCUGAUGAAAAUCAAGUGUUCAUAUGAUGGCUGUGUGUGUGUGUGUGUGUGUGUGUGUGUGUGUGUGUGUGUGGAAGGGGAAGCCACCACUCUGGAACUGUUAACUGUUGUCUUUAAAAGAAAAAAAACAAACA